AGCCAGUUUCCUAUUACAUGGGUGAGGGGUGUGCUAAGGGGAGGGAAUGUAUGAUGAAACAAGUAUAAAAUCCAGGGUGUUGGUUCAGCUAGCCUCACACAGCAGCUGUAGAGCAGAGCCAGCCUAGAGGAAGACUCCGAGGAAGCUGUUCCAGAAACACGAGUGAACGUCUAAAUCUGACAUCAUGGUGGUGCCAAUUGGAAUUAACGGAUUUGGCCGUAUUGGCCGUCUGGUGUGCCGUGCAGCUGUUCAGAAGGGAACUGUUAAUGUUGUUGCCAUUAAUGACCCCUUCAUUGACUUGAGCUACAUGGUUUAUAUGUUUAAGUAUGACUCUACCCAUGGACGUUUUAAGGGUGAAGUUUGUGCAAAGGAUGGAAAACUCGUGAUUAAUGGACAUGCCAUCACUGUCUUCCAGGAGCGUGAUCCUGCUAACAUCAAGUGGGCAGAUGCUGGUGCGGAGUAUGUUGUGGAGUCCACAGGAGUCUUUACCACAAAAGAGAAAGCUUCUGCUCAUCUAAAAGGAGGUGCAAAAAGGGUCAUAAUAUCUGCUCCCUCAGCUGAUGCCCCAAUGUUUGUUGUUGGCGUGAACCAUGAAAAGUACGACAACAGUCUGACAGUCGUCAGCAAUGCCUCCUGCACUACCAACUGCCUGGCUCCCCUAGCAAAGGUUAUCCAUGACAACUUUGGUAUUGUGGAAGGGCUCAUGACAACCGUCCAUGCUUAUACAGCCACUCAGAAAACUGUUGAUGGUCCUUCUGGAAAAUUGUGGCGUGAUGGUAGAGGGGCUCAUCAGAAUAUCAUUCCAGCAUCCACUGGUGCAGCCAAGGCAGUCGGCAAAGUCAUUCCAGAACUGAACGGGAAGCUGACUGGUAUGGCAUUCCGUGUUCCAACACCUAAUGUGUCAGUUGUUGAUUUGACAUGCCGCUUGGAGAAGGGUGCUUCUUAUGAUAAAAUCAAGGCGGUGGUAAAGGCAGCGUCUGAAGGACCUCUGAAGGGAAUUUUGGGAUAUACAGAGGAGCAGGUGGUCUCCACAGACUUUAAUGGGUGUUCAAUGUCUUCCAUCUUUGAUGCUAGUGCUGGAAUUGCUCUUAAUGAAACCUUUGUCAAGCUAGUGUCCUGGUAUGACAACGAGCAUGGUUACAGCUGCCGGGUUGUGGACUUGAUAAAUCACAUGCACAGCAAGGAGUGAAGCACUUUCUGUAUGUAACUUAAGCUUCAUUGUCCUAGCAAGUUCCAAGGAGUUAAUUUAUGGCACACAUUGAAACGGCACAUCUGUCUUCCAGCUUUACACUGUGGGGGACAUGCACUUUGUUAACAGUUCUAGGAUCUGCUGUAGACAUUGUGGUUUUCUUUUUUUAUUUUUAAGUGUUCACAUCAAAGAAAAUAAAACCAAAAAAAUAAUCUUA